AUACAAGAAGCCUCUCGCUUUCAGUCCAAGCUCAUCACACCUCCCUCUCUGCCACCCUCACCAGAAAGAGUGGUUAUUCCUUCAUCAGAUACACCCCUUAGCAGAAGCUGGCUAAGAUCAUCCUGGAACUUCAAAUUUCCCAGUAUCAAAGAUACAGUAAAACUUUGGACAAAUAGAGUAUGGUCUAUAUACAACUGGUGUCAGAACUGCGUAGCCCAGAGCUUAGAAGUACUGAAAGAUACCAUCUUUCCAUCCCGUUUCUACCACCAAGAACUUCAUAGUCUAAAACAACGGUUUUGCAUUUUGGAAAGUGAAUUGUGCAAGCUCCAGGAAGCACUAAAGACCAUCUCAAGAAAUUCUUCCUGUCCAAGCUGUGGUCAAAGGUGUUACAUGAGUGGUAAACUUACAGAUGUGCCUGCCUGUGCUCUAACCACCCCUGGAAAAUCCCAAGCUGUACAUCUUCACAGGGUGCCUCAGCCAGCUGCCCAUCUUCCUCCUCCUCCUCCACCACUGCCACCCCCUCCACCUCCUCCUUUGCCUCCGCCUCCACCACAGAGAGCUCCUUUGCUGCUCAGAAAAUCCAAUCUCACUAAAACACUUCAGGCUGAACCAUUAAAAAAAGAGGGACCCAUGCAGAUAACAGUUAAAGAUCUGCUGACUGUGAAAUUGAAGAAAACUCAGAAUUUUGAUGAAAAGACGAAGCUUGUUCCAUCCCCAAAGGCACAGAAUCCACUAGUUACAGCCUCUGACCUGCAGCGUGUUACCCUGAAGCCCAGCUCCAAAGUGUUAUCAACUCGAGUUACAAAUGUCUUAAUUACUCCUGGUAAAAGUCAGAUAGAUCUGCGGAAACUAUUAAGAAAAGUCGAUGUAGAAAGGAGCCCAGGUGGGACCCCACUUACCAAUAAAGAAAAUAUGGAAACAGGAACUGGACUGACCCCAGUAAUGACUCGGGCCUUGAGGAGAAAAUUUCAGCUGGCUCACCCUAGAAGCCCAACGCAAACUCUGCCACUCUCUACAAGCAGCUUUGAUGAACAAAAUUGAUGCCAAUUCUGUCUGACUCCAUGUGAUGAUCCGUAAAAUCUACAGAUAAAAUCACCCCAAUCCUUUUUUUUAAUGUAGUAGAGUAUGUAUCAAUAAUUAUACUAAUAUAUAAUUCCAUUUAAAGACUUAAAAUAUGUGCGGAGCCCAUACAUACUGUGGUAUAAAGUCCAUUAUUGGGUAUUUUCUAUUUUGCGUUAUCAAUAAGAGAACAGAACAGAAAAUGCAAUCCCCAAAGAGAUGUUUAUCUUGGAAUUACUCAAUUUAGGGUAGAGAUAUUGUUCAAACUUAACUACAUAACUAAUUUGUAUCUGUAAGCACAGUUAUGACAUUAAGAUAAUAACCUAGUUUCUAUUUAUCUUGGGUAUUCUCAGAUAAUUGAAAAGCUUUUCAGCCUGUAAAUCUCAAGCAUUCAUUAAGUGCUACAAACUUGAUCAAUAAAAAAAAGGCCCUUUAGAUUUGAUUUCUGUUCACUCUAAACAAUUAAGAGGUAAGACCAUCUCCAUCCAAACCUAACUAUAUUCCAAAAGACUUGGAAGCAAAAGAUCCAAUGUGACCUUAAAAAUUAGAAUGUAUCAUUUCUAGCAUCUUAGGCUCACUGAAGUCUGUGAUAUUCAUUAUUUUGAUGUCUGUUGUCCACAUUCAUGCAACUAAAUGUAAAUUUCAUAAAGUCUUCAAAAUGUACCUUGUAUUUUCCACAGCACCCUGCCAAGGAUUCUCUGAGGUCCCUAGCAGGUUCCCUGUUAAACCUGACUCGCUGUCAACAGCCUGUUGAUUCAAUGAUAGUAAUAAUGCACACCUAACUGGAUUUGUGUUCUUUCCUGCAAUUCCAGGGUUGCCAGAUUUAGCAAAUAUAAAUACAUGACACCCAAUCAAAUUUGAAUUGCACAUCAACAAAUAAUCGUUAGGUAUAUAUGGCCCAUUAAACAAUGAAUAAUAUUUUUAGUUUAAGUAUGUCCUAAUUAUUGCAUGGACAUAUUUAUACUAAAAAAAAAAAUUAUUCAUUGUUUACCUGGAGUUUAAAUUAACUGGGCAUCCUGUAUUUCAUUUGUAACCCUAUCAGUCACUCCCCUAUAAAGUUGCCAAGUAUUUCUGCCAGACAUGUCUACUUAGCAGUGGACAGUACUAUAGCUUCCACCAGGAUUCGUCACUCAUGUAUUAAGUGUCAUGGAGAAGGAGAACUCAUUAUGGUGAGGGUGACCAGAGGUGCAGAAUUAGCUUUGAUGCUAAUAACCUCCACUGCAAUUCCAGGAAUAAGGAUAGCACUGCUUCAUGGAUAGAAAACAAGGGAUUUUAGAUCAUCACUGCACUUUUUAGCCUGAGAGGAGACAUAGAUGAUAUCCUUGAAAUAUUCUAUGAUUAGCUUAGGCUAAAAAGAUACUUUAGCAGUUUCCCAGAAAUGCCUAUAUUCCCGCAAAUAAAUAUUGCUCUGAGAUGCCAAAUAGUGUUAUAAAAGUCACCAGACUGGAAAGCAGACCUGGGGACACUGUUUUGUUUUUAUUAUGAGACCCACAUUUAUGUUUACAGCACAUUUAUGGAUGAAAAUUAAACGGAUAAUGAAGAAAUAUAAGUACUUCUAGUAAGUUUUUUUUUUGACUUGCUAGCUACGUUUAUAUUAUGUGUGAAUAAAGGUAAUGGUCACUGAGAAUAAAGCCGUUGAGUAUUUGUAACAGAAUAUUUUAUAGGGCACUUAUAAUGUUUCUAAUAUUAAUAAACCACUGUGUACUGUAUCAAUUUAAUUUAAAUGAUUUGAUCAUUCUUGUGGAAUAAAGAUUCAUUCUAAAAUGCUGUAGAAAUCCUAUAAACAUUUGUAAAGCCGCUAUUUCCAUUGUACCAGUAUUAAAAUGUGUUCUACCUUGCCUCGUUUAUUAAUUUUUGUGACAGAUUUUAUAUUGUACCCAUUUGAGAAUCCUGUAAAUACUAUUCCUUCAUUAAACUAUUGCCGAUUAUAUGCUUUCAAUGUUUAUUUUAGACUGAAUGACAACCACAGAAUAUAAACAACCAAGGUGCCUCUGGUUAUGUUUUUAAAUAAAGAGUAAUAAAAAA